AUGUUACUGCAAAAGUGGACUCCAUCUUUCGCCCCUUGUGUAUACAUCACAGUCCUGCUACUUUUGCUCCCGGGAGUCCCUCACGUGUCACAAGGCAGCUCCGGCCACGAAAACCCCGGCAGAACGCCCGGUAACUGCUCCAGUGAAGAUAACUGCUCUGAUGGUGUGGUGCUGCCUAUGUGGAAUCCCCAGAAUCCAGUGGUUGGUGAUAAGGUGGCCCGAGCCAUAGUUUACUUUGCCGCUCUCAUAUACAUGUUCCUUGGCAUGUCCAUCAUCGCUGACCGCUUCAUGUCGUCCAUCGAGGUCAUCACCUCUCAGGAAAAAGAGAUCACCAUCAAGAAGCCCAACGGCGAGACGACGACGACCACCGUGCGGAUUUGGAACGAGACCGUUUCCAACUUGACCUUAAUGGCCUUAGGGUCAUCAGCACCAGAAAUCCUUCUCUCCGUCAUCGAAGUGGUAGGCCACAAUUUUGAAUCCGGAGCUCUCGGACCGAGCACCAUCGUGGGAAGCGCCGCUUUCAACAUGUUCAUCAUCAUCGCUAUCUGUGUCUAUGUGGUGCCAGAAAACGAAACCCGCAAGAUAAAGCACCUUCGGGUGUUUUUUGUCACUGCCGCCUGGAGUAUUUUUGCCUACAUAUGGCUGUACCUCAUUCUAUCUGUGUUCUCCCCUGGCGAAGUGGACGUUUGGGAGGCGGUCCUUACCUUUCUCUUCUUCCCACUCUGCGUACUCCAAGCUUGGAUCGCGGACCGCCGACUGCUCUUCUACAAGUACGUCAAUAAACGCUAUCGCGCUGACAAGAACCGUGGCAUCAUCAUCGAAUCUGAAGGGGAUGCCAUGUUCACCAAAAUGGACUUGGAGAUGGACGGCCAGGGGGUCAACUCCCACACUCAUCCGAAAGAAGCUCUGGACGGGAUGCUGGAGGGAGUGGAGGAAGGUGGAGGGCUGAGUGCGGAGCAGGACCAAGAAGAGGAAGCGAGACGGGAGAUGGCACGCACCCUAAAAGAACUAAAGCAGAGACAUCCAGAGAAGGAUAUGGAGCAGCUGAUUGAGAUGGCCAACUACCAGGUUUUGGUCCAACAACAGAAGAGCCGAGCCUUCUACCGCAUCCAGGCCACGCGGAUGAUGAUCGGCGCGGGAAACAUACUGAAAAAGCACGCUGCCGACCAAGCGAGGAAGGUUGUGAGCUGUCAUGAGGCUAGUGGACAAGAGGAGGAUCCCAACACCAUCUACCUGCAGUUUGACCCCUCACACUAUCAGUGCUUUGAGAACUGCGGUUCUUUAAAGCUCUCGGUGAGUCGUCAUGGAGGAGAAGGUGGCUGCACAGUGAAGGUCGACUACCGCACUGAGGACGGGACUGCCAACGCCGGCUCUGACUACGAGUUCGCUGAGGGCACUUUGGUGUUCAAGCCUGGCGAGACCACAAAAGAGUUCACGGUCGGCGUGAUCGACGAUGACAUUUUUGAAGAAGACGAGCACUUCUACGUGCGCCUCAGCAACCCACGCAUUGUCCACCGAGCUGAAGUCUCCAUCUUGGAGCCGCGCUCCAUCUCCUCCGGCAACAGCAUGGCGGGUAUGUCUUCCCACAUCCCCCCAAAAGCCGCCCUGGGCAACGCUCACACCGCCACGGUGACCAUCUACGACGACGACCACGCCGGCAUCUUCACGUUCGAGAGCAAGUCCACCAGGGUCAGCGAGAGCGUCGGAAACAUGCAGGUCAAGGUUCACCGGACGUCAGGAGCGAGAGGCAAGGUUGCCGUGCCUUACCACACCGUAGAGGGCACUGCCAAGGCUGGGGAGGACUACGAGGAAGUGUCUGGCAAACUGGAGUUUCAGAACGAUGAGACAAUGAAGCUGCUGAACGUGAAGAUCAUCGAUGAUGAGGAGUAUGAGAAGAACAAGACUUUCACGAUUAUAUUGGAAGAGCCUAUUCUGCUGGAAGUGGGCCAGAGACACGGAGACACCAACGAUAACAAAACACCAGUAGGGCCAGAAGACGUGGCAAAGAUGGGCUGCCCUUGCUUGGGGGAGCAUACAAGCCUGGAGGUGGUCAUUGAAGAGUCCUACGAAUUUAAGAGCACGGUGGACAAGCUGAUUAAAAAGACCAACCUGGCUCUGGUGGUGGGGAGCAGCAGCUGGCGUGAACAGUUUGUUAGUGCUGUGACUGUCAGCGCAGGUGAUGAUGAUGAGGAAGAAAGUGGCGAGGAGCGCUUGCCCUCCUGCUUUGAUUACAUAAUGCAUUUCCUGACGGUUUUCUGGAAGGUACUCUUUGCUUUCGUCCCACCCACCGAGUACUGGAAUGGCUGGGCCUGCUUCUUUGUGUCCAUCUCGCUAAUCGGCGUCCUGACCGCCGUAACCGGGGACCUGGCCUCUCAUUUCGGGUGCACUGUCGGGCUGAAGGAUUCCGUCACCGCCGUGGUGUUCGUGGCUCUGGGCACGUCUGUCCCCGACACAUUUGCAAGUAAAGUGGCCGCUAUCCAGGACCAAUACGCUGAUGCAUCCAUCGGGAACGUGACAGGCAGCAACGCCGUCAACGUAUUCCUGGGCAUCGGGGUGGCGUGGACCAUCGCCUCUGUUUACUGGAAAAGCAAAGGCAAGACUUUCAAGGUUCACCCAGGAUCUCUGGCUUUCUCUGUCACCCUGUUCACCAUCAUGGCGCUGGUGUGCGUUUUGGUGCUGCUCUACCGCCGCCGUCCGAGAAUAUCGGGCGGGGAGCUUGGGGGCCCACGGACAGCCAAGCUCCUUACCUUCUUUCUCUUCCUCUCCCUGUGGUUCAUCUACAUUCUGCUGUCCUCGCUAGAGGCAUACUGUCACGUGGAUGGCUUCUGA